AUGCGCAACCAAGACUUGAAGAAACCGGCGAAAUGCGUCCUUCCCUACAGGAAAGGUGAUGAGCAUCAAGACACAUACGAGCUUAUGCCCCUUUCAAGUCCGCCUCCAGAUCCGAAUCAUCACAGGUUCGCGGAGGUUCCCAUAAAGAUCAAGUCCAAACGCGCCAGACUCGUGAGAAGGCUUCAAAAGAAACCACAAUUAUACAAACUUGUGCCCAUCCCAGAUUCGACUUUUCACCAAUUCGCGAAGUUACCUGACAAGAUCAAGUCCAAGAUUUGGCGCGAGUUUUACUUGGAACCUAGAUACUACAUCGCAGAGCUUCAUCCAAAAGACGAUGAGAUAGAAGGCAAGGAUUACGACUGGGGCCUCGAACCUUGCGAUGAGGAAUUGUCCGGCGAAGAGCCUUGCGAAGAGGAAACGGCCGAAGAGGAUGCUUCCAAGAAGAUGACCCCGGAGGGCAAUUCUUCAAAGAGCAGCACUCCACAAUCCGACGCCCUACAUAUCAAUACUCCCAAGAGGCAACCAUAUGACGAGUAUCUAUCCGAUGAGUAUAGUUCCGAAGAGGAAUCUCCGGAGGAUGAAGCUGCUGAUGAUGGAGAAGCUGAGGAUGAAACCGCAGAGAAUGGGACGGUCGAGAAUGGGGCUAUCAGGGACAGAGCCAUCGAUGAUCCAUUCGACGAGCUAGAAUUCGACCAAGUAGAUGAUGAGUCAGACAACGUGGAGGGCCGCAACUCCACUGAUUCGCUCAUCCGGCCAUCAAGCAACGGCUCAAACUCAUUCAAUAAAGAAAACGAGGAAACGGAGAAACCAACACAUCGUACGGUAUUUUGGAUUCUGUCCAGACAGGAUGCAGAGUACUCGGAUGGCUACUACGACUCCAUCGACCUGAAGAUCGAUUCUUUGUCGAGAUCCGUGGCCCAAAGCGUCAGGUCGCCGUUCUGGUUUCCAGCAUUCACCAAGGACGAGCUUGAGGAAGGCGAGGAAGGCCCCUGGAUGGCGAUCCCUCCACCGAAAGAUUUGGCAUCAAAAAUGGGAGAGAAUGUUACCAUCAACUGGGACAUCGAUUUUGUCCACGUCAAGGUGCGCUUCCGCACAUGUGUCACAGAAAGCAUCGGCUAG